CUUUUGUGCUCUGUUUUUCAGCAUUUUGAGAAGCAUGAAUGCUCUGUACAUGUCUGCUCUGCUCUGCUCUCUUCUGCUCGGCUUCCUGUAUCCUACAGGAGCGGAGGAGAGCGAAGCAGCAGUUGGGAGGAAGGAGAGGGAGAAACGGAGCUUACCCUACUGGGGCUUGUGGUCGUCAGACUUUUUCGGAUGGUUGGAGGAGCUACGAGCUCAGGCAGCUCUCGACGGGAUGCACGACCUGGCUCGUACCUUCUGGGCUCACUUCCCCAUCAGCAGCGAUCUGGGCUACGAUAAUCCCGAGUCGGACCCUCAAACUGAGGAGUGAGGCCAAGAAGAGAUA